AUGAAUAUUGAUGAAACAAAAAAACGUAAAGGAGGCGCGGAAAAACAACGGGAUAAGAAGGCGAAAUUAUUAAACAAAGAAGCAAAAAGAUGUGGCAACUUAAGAGACAUGUUUAUUAAAAAAAUAAAUCAUAAUAUGGCAAUGAACGAAAACGUUCUGAACGAAUCAGUUACCCUCAAAAAUCCAACUUUAUCAAUGAUGAACCCAAAUACAAGUACAAAUGAGUUAGAAUGUGAGCAGACUUCAAUACAACUUAUAUGUAGUACUGAAACAAAACUAGACGAUAAUGAAGGAAGUAUUGUGGAUUUCCCUAAUAUAGACGAUCCAGAAAAAAUUAACCCAAAUAUAAGUACAAAUAAGUUAGAAUGUGAGCAAACUUCAAUAAAACUUAUAUGUAGUACUGAAACAAAACAAGACAAUAAUCAAGAAACUAUUGUGGAUUUCGAAAAUGCAACAAACAUUAUUGACAAAUUCAAAAAACCAGAGAAGUAUGAAGUUGAUGCAUUUUUUAAAUUUCAUCCAUACCAACCUACUAUUAAUAUUCCAUUUAAUCCACAAAAAGCAUAUAAACGUACAGACGGGAUACAUCGAAAAUGGUUGACUUUUUCUGAAGCUGAGAGUAAAUUAUUCUGUUCAGUAUGCAUUGCAUUUUGUGCGUCAACAGAUAGCAACCCAUUUACUUUGGGCAUGAACAGUUGGAAACAUGUUUAUCAACGUAUCGCGGAACACGAGGAUACAUUUUGCCAUGUUAAAUCAGUGGAUGCUUUUCUUUAUCAUGAGCAUAGAGCAAAUAUUCCACACAUGUUGUUUUCAUCAGCCAGGGAAAUUCGACGUAAAGAAGUUAUGGAACGACACCGAGUACUAGAAAGAAUAAUUGAAACUAUUAAGUGUAUCGGAAAAAAUUGUAUGAGUUACAGAUCUCAUACAAAUGAAUCUUCAUAUACUUUAGAAAAUAAUAAUGUGAGUCAUGGCAACUUUUUAGAAAUAUUAUGUUUAAUAUCAAAAUUUGACGAUGUUUUAAGGCAUCAUUUAGAAAACGUAAUUAAUAAAAGCAAAAACAGACUUGAAUCAAAUUCUAGUAUAACUAAAGGCAGAGGAAAUCUUAUCACCUUCAUUUCAAAAACUACAGUUACAUAUAUCAUACAAAUACUUAAAUCAUUAAUACAAGAAAAAAUUGUAGCAAACAUAAAAGAAGCAGGAAUAUACUCCAUUCAAAUUGACAGCACUCAAGAUGUAUCAGUUAAAGAUCAGCUAUCAAUAAUUAUACGCUACGUAACAGAUCGAGUUGAAGAGCAUCUAUUAUCAAUGGUGGAAAGUCAUUCAGGCGAGGGACGCAAUUUAUUUGAAUUAACUGAAAAAACGUUAUUAUUACAUGAUCUUGACAUAGCUAAUUGCAUUUCAGAUAGCACAGAUGGUGCAUCAAACAUGCAAGGUCAGUAUGCAGGAUUCACUACAUGGCUUGAAAAUAAAUCUCCAGGACAUAUCCAUACAUGGUGUUACGCACACGUGCUGAAUUUAGUUAUGAAAGAUACUAGUGAGACUAAUGUGCCCUCCAUUAGUUUAUUUGGUCUGAUAAAUAAAUGUGCUGUAUUUUUUCGUGAAUCAUAUCGUAGAAUGGACACCUGGGUUAAUCAAUUAGAAAAAUGUCAUUCAAAACAAAAUUCAUUAAAACGUUUGAUCAAAGCAAAUUCAACACGAUGGUGGUCAAAGACCAAUAUUUAUUUAAAAAUAUUGCAAACAACCAAUCCUUUGUCCAACUAUUUACAAACGUCUGGACUAGAUUUUAUGCAAGCUCAUCGUUUAGUACGGUCGUCGAUUGAUACAUUAAAAAAACAAUCCAGAUGUUUUGAAGAUAUAUAUGAAACUGCUAAAACUUUCGCAGUCAUUCAAAACAGAAAGUUAGAAGAAAUGGAUUCUGAAGUUGAGGUAGAAACAUCAUUUUCGCUCACUAGAUAUCGUGGUAAAAAAGAUAAAUAUAAAACUAAAACUACUGAUGAAUUACCAACUGACGCAGCCCAACGAUAUAAAAUAAGUGGUUUUAAUUGCAUAAUGGAUUCUAUUAUUUCAAGCUUACAGGAACGAUUUACUAAGCACAAGGACUUGUACACCGACAUGUCAUUGUUUGACCCUCGAAAUUUUCCAAUGAAACCUGAAAGUAUUUCAGGAAAAAAUAUUUUUAAAAAAAUAACUCAGCUUAUAUGUCAGCAUUUGAGUGAAAAUGAAAAGUCAGAGUUCGGUGAUGAUGAAUCUCGUAUGACAGAACGUAUUGAAGUUUUAUUACGAGAUGAGUUAAUAGAUUUUUCACAAAAAUGGCCCAAUAUUAAGAAAACUAUUCAAGAUGAAUAUGAACACGAAAACCUCGAUAAUCCAGACAGUGGUGAUGAAAAUGAUGAAUCGGAGUCUGUAGUGAACGACGUAUGCACUAUAAUUAAAAAGGAGUCUUGCAGAAAUUGUUUGAGAUGUUGUUUUACUUUAUUACAUAAGUAUAAUAUGUAUAGUAAAGCAUAUGUUAUGCUAUAUAAAGCUUAUAAAAUAUUAUUAACUUUAUCCAUUACGCAAGUAGCUUGUGAACGAUCCUUCUCAAAAUUAAAGCAGGUGAAAACCGUUUAUAGGAACAGUAUGACACAGGACAACCUAGAAGCUUUUGUUUUAAUGGCUACAGAAAAAAGUAUUUUAAGUGAUAUACCAUACCAAAUUGUUAUAGACCGUUUAGCCCAAAAAAGCAAAACACUCCAUAAAUUAUUAAUUCCUUGAGCUAAUAAA